GCAGAACGCGCACUGUGGGUCGCACUCAGACCCGCGCGGGAGUCCGGGCUACGCACUUGGCUGCAUUGCCGUCCCCAGCCGCGCAGACCAGAGCGUUGAAUUCCCGCGGCAGGAAAGCACUGACACCAUGUGGGUCCAGGUGCGGACCAUGGACGGCAAGGAGACUCACACCGUGGACUCGCUGUCCAGGCUGACCAAGGUGGAAGAGCUGAGGCGGAAGAUUCAAGAGCUGUUUCACGUGGAGCCGGGUUUGCAGAGGCUCUUUUACAGGGGCAAGCAGAUGGAGGAUGGCCACACGCUCUUCGACUAUGAUGUGCGCCUCAAUGAUACCAUCCAGCUGCUGGUGCGCCAGAGCUUGGUGCUGCCAUCCAGCCAGGAGAGGGACUCUGAGCUCUCGGACACAGACUCGGGCUGCUGUCUGGGCCAGAGUGAGUCGGACAAGUCAUCCACACAUGGUGAGGCUGCCACCGACGCAGACAGCAAGGCUGGCCUGGCCGAUGAGGACACGUGGGACGAGACAGAGCAGGGAUUCUACAAGGUGAAUGAGUAUGUGGACGCACGGGACACGAACAUGGGCGCGUGGUUUGAGGCGCAGGUGGUCAGGGUGCUGCGGAAGGUGCCAUCAGCGGACAACGAGCCCUGCAGCUCCACCACCAGCCCAACGCCUGAGGACGAUGUCAUCUACCGUGUGAAAUACGAUGACUACCCUGAGAACGGCGUAGUCACCAUGAAACCCCAGGACGUGCGUGCGCGUGCCCGCACCAUCCUCAAGUGGCACGAGCUGGAGGUAGGCCAGGUCGUCAUGCUCAACUACAAUACUGACCACCCCAAGGAGCGCGGCUUCUGGUAUGACGCUGAGAUCUGCAGAAAGCGCGAGACGCGCACGGGACGUGAGCUGUAUGCCAACGUCAGGCUCGGGGACAAUUCCCUCAACGACUGUCGCAUCGUCUUUGUGGAUGAAGUCUUCAAGAUCGAGCGUCCAGGCGAAGGCCCUCCCGUGGUUGAGAACCCCAUGAGACGCAAGAGUGGCCCAUCCUGCAAGUACUGCAAGGAUGACCCCAAUAAGCUGUGCCGCAUCUGUGCCUGCCACCGCUGUGGGGGCCGGGAGGCUCCCGACAAGCAGCUGAUGUGUGACGAGUGUGACAUGGCGUACCACCUGUACUGCCUGGACCCCCCACUCAGCAGUGUGCCUCCUGAGGAGGAGUGGUACUGCCCUGAUUGCCGGAAUGACGCCAGCGAGGUGGUGCUGGCUGGGGAGAGACUACGAGAGAGCAAGAAGAAGGCAAAGAUGGCAUCAGCCACAUCGUCCUCGCAGCGGGACUGGGGCAAGGGCAUGGCGUGCGUGGGGCGCACAAAAGAGUGUACCAUUGUCCCGUCUAACCACUACGGGCCCAUCCCGGGCAUCCCUGUGGGCACUAUGUGGCGGUUCCGUGUGCAGGUCAGUGAGUCCGGCGUCCAUCGGCCUCACGUUGCAGGUAUCCAUGGCCGGAGCAACGACGGGGCCUACUCCCUGGUCCUGGCCGGGGGCUAUGAAGACGAUGAAGACAAUGGGAAUUCUUUCACCUACACAGGGAGUGGCGGCCGGGAUCUUUCUGGCAACAAGCGGACUGCUGAGCAGUCAAGUGACCAGAAACUCACCAAUACCAACAGGGCACUGGCUCUCAACUGCUUUGCGCCCAUUAACGACAUUGAGGGUGCCGUGGCCACGGACUGGCGCUCGGGGAAGCCAGUGCGGGUGGUGAGGAACAUGAAAGGUGGCAAGCACAGCAAGUACGCGCCCGCCGAGGGCAACCGCUAUGAUGGCAUCUAUAAGGUUGUGAAGUACUGGCCUGAGAAGGGCAAGUCUGGCUUCCUCGUGUGGCGCUACCUCCUGCGGAGGGACGAUGAUGAGCCUGGGCCCUGGACAAAGGAAGGGAAGGACCGCAUCAAGAAGCUGGGGCUGACUAUGCAGUAUCCAGAGGGCUACUUGGAAGCCUUGGCCAACAGGGACAAGGAGAACAAGAGGGCGUCUGAGGAGCAGGAGGACCUGUCACCUUCCAAGAAGGGCAAAUGGAAGCGGAAGACAGCAGGCCAGAGUGGCUCUGGGGUGCGGACUACCAAGAAAACCAAGCUGGAGCCCUACAACCUCACGGCCGAGCAGAACAAGCUCAUCAAGGCGGACGAGAGCAAUGCAAAGCUGUGGACAGAGGUUCUCAUGGCACUCGGGGAAGGCCUGUUCCAGGUGUUCCUGAGCAAGGUGGAGGAGACGUUCCAGUGCAUCUGCUGCCAGGAACUGGUGUUCCAGCCCGUCACCACUGUGUGCCAGCACAACGUAUGCAAGGACUGCCUGGACAGGUCAUUCCGUGCCCAGGUCUUCAGUUGCCCGGCCUGCCGCUACGACCUGGGCCGCGGCUACGCCAUGCAGGUGAACACUGCGCUGCAGAACAUCCUCAACCAUUUCUUCCCCGGCUACGGCAGCGGCCGGUGA